AUGGCGAGUGAUGAGAAAAUAGAGGUUUUGGAUCCAGAAUCCGAGUUCUUGGCGUCGAAUCGGGAGACGGGGAACGAGUGGGAGCUGUUCAAGGAGAACGUGAGGCCGUUGAAGAGAGGCCGCAAAGUUGAGAUCUUGAACGACGCCCUCAAAGCUCAGACUGACAAUCAACUCAAGAAGUCCCUCUUUGAACAACGAAGGCGGUUGAUUCAAGCUAUUGAUGAGUAUGAAGGAGAUGACCCUCUGCAGCCGUGGCUUGAGUGUAUCAAGUGGGUCCAGGAAGCAUUUCCUCCUGGUGGAGAUUUCUCGGGACUGGUUGUCAUAUAUGAGCAAUGUGUGCGGACAUUUUGGCAUUCAGACCGCUACAACGACGAUCUCCGCUAUCUCAAAGUCUGGUUGGAAUAUGCUGAAAAUUGUGCAGAUGCUGAAGUCAUAUUCAGUUUUCUAGAUGCAAAUGAAAUUGGAAAGUCACAUUCUCAGUUUUAUAUAUCUUAUGCUUUGCUCAUGGAAUCCAAGAACAAAGUGAAAGCUGCGAAUGAACUAUUAAAUCUUGGGAUAUCAAGGAAUGCUCAGCCCAUAGAAAAGUUGAAUGAUGCUUUUAGGAAGUUUAUUGCACGCUCAAUGAGAAGACCACCAAAAGCACCAGAGGAGGAUUCAGCAGAGAAACGCUUUCCCACCCGGAGCUUUGGGACUGUCCUUGCAAACAGGGAAAAUCGUAAGUUCCAUUGGUACAUUCUGGAUUAUUAUAUUCUUCCAGAAAAAAAUAUGAAACUGGGUCGUGUUCCACUCAGCAUUUAUAAAGAAGAUUCAAAUUCCAUUGAUCAAUCAGAAGUGCCAAAGAGAGAAUUGAAUUCUUGGCACACCCUUGGACCUAGAGCAGAGAGAAAUAAAGAAAAUACUGCAAUCCCUUCCAAGUGGACAUCAUACAAGAUUCGACAAAGACCCGUGCCUAGAGUCGGAGGAGCAACUGCUACUAGUGCCCACAUUGAGAUUUUCGUCGAUCAAGAAUGUGAAGAAACACAUAAAAUGAAUGCUGAAGGUGCCAAGUCUUCAACCGUGCAGCCUAGACAGGGUGAAGAGCAAGAGCUGAAGAAGGAAACAGAGUUGUUGAGACGGGAACCAUUACGCAAUUUCCCUCUAAAUAGUCUUCCCAGAUGAUGAUGAUGAAUGCAGAAGUUCUAUGCUCUGUGUUGUACGAUGUAUUGGUGGAUCAACUUUAUAUCUUCUAAAGUCUGAUCCAGGUCUCAUUUUUUUUA